GUAUUUAUUGCACAGUCAAGAGCUUCUGGAAGCCACCGAGAUGUUGAAGAUGAGGAGCUUACACGAAUCUUUGUUAUGAUACCAAAAUCCUAUACGGAGGAAGAUCUGCGAGAGAAGUUUAAGAUGUAUGGAGACAUUGAAUAUUGCAGCAUUAUUAAAAACAAGACUACUGGAGAGAGUAAAGGUUUGGGCUAUGUGAGGUAUUUAAAACCAUCGCAAGCUGCCCGAGCAAUUGAAGAGUGUGAUCGAAGCUACAGGGCCAUUUUGGCUGAACCUAAAAAUAAGUCAUCUGAGUCUUUUGAACAUGAUUAUUACAGUAAUAACACGAGGCAAGAACCAAGAGGAAAUACACUUCCGUUUUGUGGGCAGCCAGAGUUUUGUAGUUUUGAAAAAAAUGAGAGCAGAAUUCAAGAGUCAGUCUCCAAACGUCUGUCAGUGGUAUCACGGCUCCCCUUUAUCCAAGAGCAGCUGUUCGCCCUCUUUGAUCUAGUCCCAGGACUGGAAUAUUGUGAUGUUCAGCGAGAUCCUCAUACUAAUAGUGGGUACGCUGUGAUUCAGUACAGUACUGCUGCGUCAGCUAUAUAUGCCAAGUAUAAAUUACAUGGUUUUGAGUAUCCUCCUGGAAAUCGAUUAACUGUCAUUUUCCUAGAAGAUGGGAGUGAUAGCUCAGACCUUAUCAGAAAAAUGGCAACACAGCUGGUAACAGCCCAUGUGUCAUCAGUGUUGCGGAGUAACAAUGCAAUUGUUCAGCAGUAUAGGACACCUCCUGCAUUUGGAGGAACUUCUGGCUCACAGUUACUUCAGCCGCAAACAGAUGCCAUACUUCCACCACACAAAAAAAAAGUUCCACCUGACACUUCUGUGAAGGAAAGGCUUUUCAUACUUUUUCAUCCUCAUCCUUUACCUGUAAAUGUAUUGGAGGAUGUGUUCUGUCGUUUUGGACACUUGAUAAAAGUUUACCUUGUGGCUGGAAAAAAUGUGGGCUAUGCAAAAUUUGCAGAUAGAGCAAGUGCCAGUGAUGCCAUAACUGCGUUACAUGGCAAGAUUGUGAAUGGUGUCAGGCUUAAAGUGAGGUUGGCAGACUCACCUACGGAAGAAUCUAACAAACGUCAGAGAACUUACUGA